AUGGCGAGCCUAUCUCUUUGGUUGCUGGUCAUCUUCGCGACUUGCGUUAUUGGACAAGAGACUUCCGCACAGAAUGCCACAACGUUCGCGUUGAUCUAUGGAAUUCCCCUUUUGGCAUAUGAGAGAUUUGCGUCAACUCUCGUUCACACACGCGGCGCCAACCAAUUCAACCACAACAGAGUCUUCCAAACAGCCGCCAACAGGACGGUAGUAAAGCCGAAUGUGGAUACUUUGUUCUCGACCCUGAUCUUGGACCUAAGUCAAAGCGAUGUUGUGGUAACAAUGCCGGCGGUGGACCCCAGUCACUUCUAUUUGUUCUCCUUCUACGAUCCUUAUGGAAAUAACGUCGCCAACCUGGGCUCCUCGAACUUCCACAAAUCUGGCCAAUAUCGUGUGCGAAUGCUCCCCAACACUACGGCACAAUAUGGUCUAGAAACGAGCAAUUCGGAGCCAUACGCAGGCUACAUCAACCUUCCUUCCACUUUCGGUACCCUUCUCAUCCGCUGGGGGAUUGCCACGGCUUCUGAUUUCGAGGCGGUGUACGGAUAUCAGGCCAUGACGAAAGCUGAGAAUGUGACUCGAACCGCCUCUGAUUCCGACAGCAUCCCCACUCUUCACCAGAUCCUUGCCAACGUGAGCGCCCCAGCGGGCUCUCCCCAGAGAAUUCUACAAUUACUUGCCACUUUGGGCCAUUAUGCUCCACCAGAAAUCCGUUCCGACACCGAACGCGUGAACACAAUGCUCUCCGCCGCUGGAGUCUCGAACAGCUCCUACACCACACAAUCCAACGUCAACCUUACCCUAGCAUUCCAGGCUGCUACCCUCACCAUGUACACCGACUAUACAAUGCCAGGGGUGGCCGAGCCUUUGAACAACGGCUGGUCGAGAACGGCAAGUAGAUACUCGGGUGACUACGGCACCAACUAUUCUAUUCGGGCUGCUAUCGCGGACUACGGAUAUUUAAUGCUGAAAGCGCCCAACGCGCUGUAUCCCAUUUGGGACAAUACCUCAGAUCCAGAAGGCGGUUUAAGUCAGCAACAGACUCUCGGCUCCAACGAGGCUUAUAUGUACACUUUUGUCGGAGGCCAACCUCCUAUCAUAAAGCCGGGAUUCUGGAGCAUGACCGUCUACGAUGCAGAAGGGUUCUUGGUCCCGAACUCAAGGAAUGUUUACGCCAUAGGCGAUCGAAACAAUAUAACGUAUUCCGACGGGAAGUUAGUCUAUGGAGGAGACAAUGCCAUCGACAACACGGGUGAAGGAUCGUUCCAAAUCCUUGUCCAGCCAGCGGACGUCCCUCCGCCUGCGAACUGGACGAGCAAUUGGAUUCCUGGCCCGGCGGGCGGUGGUCAGCUGACGGCUCUCCUACGGUUCUAUGGAGCAGGCGAAGAUCUCAUGAAUGGCGUCUAUCAAUAUCCCGUCAUCACCAAACAAGCUGCCAUCGCGGAAAGUCAAACCCCGCCCCAGUCAUCAGGCACGGCUUCGCCCACAUCAUCCGAGACCACUCCAGCAACCAGCGCGGCUGCGGGGAACGGAUCUCCUUCAGUCAACAUUGGGAAGACAGCGACGUACGCCGUCACUAUUACUGUCUCUCUAGCAGGAGCUUUGCUUCUUUUCGGGUGGGGAGGCUAG